GUGGCCAACUCUCUCUCUCUCUCUCUUGUUGCUACAAUUUCCAACAACACUCACUACCGAUAUAGGCUUUGGCUGCAUUGUCUGAGAAUCUGAGUUAGACAGUACUGCUCCUUCCUACCUAGCUUACUCGAGCGGAGAGAGAAAGACGGAGAGAAGAGCAGCCGCCGCCGCCUUCAUCGCCACCGGAUAAGAAGCAGGUGGCGGAGCAAUGGGGAGAUCCAAUUCCUGCUUCAAGAUUAUCACAUGCGGAAGCGAUUCCGCAGCUGAUAAGGAUGACAUUGACAUCCAAGCUCCCGAGAACAAAGGUUCAAGUGACAAGCGCGGGUGGAGUUUCCGGAAAAGAUCAGACCGUCAUAGAGUUCUAAGCAAUAAUGUAACAUCAGAACCCCCCUCUACAGCAAACAAGGAAAGCAUAGAACCUGCCAGUCUUAGCUAUCGACAACAGGAUGCUCCUUCAGUUCCUGAGAAAAUUUCGGUUGCAGAAUGCAUCGAUGAGAAGCCAGCAUUGCCAGUCCCGGUGGAAGAGAAAACAUCAAAGACCAUUACACUCGACCAAGAUGAAAAGGAAGCUGAUACUCAUGUGGAAGACUCGGUUGUUAUUAUCCUACAGUCUGCGGUCAGAGCUUUUAUGGCUAAAAAAGAAUUUGUCAGGCUUAAGAGUGUGGUGAAGUUACAAGCUGUUGUGCGUGGCCACCUGGUCAGACAACGUGCUGUGGGAACCCUACGCUGUGUUCAGGCCAUUACUAAAAUGCAAGUACUUGUGCGUGCCCGUCAUGCUCGUAAUCGAGAGUCGAACAUUGACAAUGGGAAAGCUGGGAAAAUUGCUUCCUCAAAAUCCUCGAAAAAGGAACUCUCCAUAUCUAAACCAACGAUAACUUAUACUUCACUCGAGAAGUUGCUGAGCAACAGAUUUGCUCGCCAGCUAAUUGGUUCAACACCAAAGUCAAGGCCUAUCAACAUCAAGUGUGAUCCUCUAAGACCUAAUUCCUCUUGGGUCUGGUUAGAGAGAUGGAUGUCUGCUUCAUCCGUUGAGCCCACACCAAAAUCGGAGCCAACUCCAAAACCAAAGUCCUUCCCAGAAAAGGUUGAAGAAGAGAAGCAAGAGGAGCAUGCUGUGGUAUCUGAGAGUUCCCUUGUGGUUGAAGAUUCGAGAUCCCACAUUGAGGAAGCUGUUUCUUCGUUCGAAAAUGAAGAAAAUCUCAUUGCAUAUGAUGCAAAUGAUCCCAAGUUGGAGGCAUGCCAAGCAUCAACCCAUCCCGCAGGAGAUAACUCAGAGCAGCCUCAAGGUUCCGUGGAUAUUACUUAUGAUGAUGUCAAGGAGGCAUCAAUUGACUCGAGCUCUCGUCAAAGUCAAACAUUGCAGUCCGAUGUACAAGUUCAACCAACUCAAGAAUUUGAGCAACCUGAACCCCCAAAACGAUCUUCUAUGAAAAGACUUGCCUCAGAUGAGUUAGAGACUGAAGGAAAUAAAUUUGUUUAUGGAUCGAGGAAGGUAAGCAACCCUGCAUUUGUUGCUGCACAGUCAAAAUUUGAGCAUGGGCUGGGUCCAGCUACCGAUUCAAACAAAAGACAUAGCCGAGUGCUACAAGAUGCAGGACAUGAACUUAAACCAGAGAAAGCUUCAUCUGAAGAGAUUCUUUCCGUGACUAAGGAGCCUCGUACGGCUGAACAUUCAGCCACCCAUUUGUCAACCGUGCAAUAUGGAGAUUCUGAAUGUGGUACCGAGCUCUCUGUCACCUCGACUCUUGACUCACCUGACAUAUCUGAAGUUGGAGCAGCAGAACUCGAGCACAGGCAAGAAGGGAAAACUUCAGUGGAGGAAACCCACAGCUCUAGUGUGAUUAAGAAUGCAGGUGAAGAAUUCAAGGAUGCAUCGGAAGAUCCCUUGCCCAGUCCUUCUAAUCCUGUUGUCACUCAGUCUGAAGAACUAGAUGGUGUGAAGAGUGAAGCUAUCAUCAACUCGGUCCACUCACCCGAGGUAGAAGUCGAACGAGAACAAGAAGAAGCUGAGAGACUUCCGGAAGCUGCCUCUCCCACCAAAAGCCAAAUUACCAUCCAGGGGGAGGCUCAAGGAACGCCUGCAAGUCAAGUGUCGGUAACUAAAAGCGAGAAACGUGACAGAAGAGCAUCUUCAACCCAGAAAAGGAAGUCAUUAUCUGCUGGUAACAAAAAGUCUGCACCAUCCCCACAAAGUGAGUCCAAUAGUGGGAAGCGGAGAAGCUCAUUUGGCUCGCCUAGACGAGAUGACACUACCACCACCAACGACCAAGAGCCACGGCCCAGUAAUAGCAGCAGCAGCUCCGUCCCACGGUUCAUGCAGGUUACGGAGUCCGCAAGAGCCAAACUUCAGGCUAAUAAUAGCUCUCCAAGAUCGAGCCCAGAUGUGAAUGACCGAGAGUACAUCAAGAAGCGUCAUUCUUUGCCUGGAGCAAAUGGGAGACAUGGUUCUCCACGCAUCCAGCGGACUAGUUCUCAAAGUCAACCGGCGGCAAAGAAUGAGAAGAAGUGGCAGAGGUGAAGAAAUGUGAUGAAGGCAAGGGUUGUUCAGGUAAAUUCUCUUCCUUUUUCGGUUGCUUGAUGGCGGCGAGACGAUUAUGUGAUAUGCGUAGAGAGAAGCGCGAGAGUUUGGAGGAAUGGAUAGGUGGGGAACCUGGGAAAGCAAGAAUGGAGUUUGUGUUUGUAUAUUUGCUGGGCAUGGAAAAUUUUAUUAACGCACAUAUUUACCAGAGGAGUAUUCCACAGUCGACAAUGUUACUUUCAUACAGAGUGUUCUGAUUGUUUCUUUGUUGCUGUUGUUUGUUCGAAUUUCUUUUUGUGUGAUAAUUGCAUGUUCACUACUGUGUGGCUGUGUUUGGUUUAAUUUCCUUGGGCUUGAUAGUUGAUUGUGUUUCUCGUUGUCUUGUUGUAAAGCGGAUUUUGUUACUGUGUAAUAAACUUUCUUAACUUCUACCGCUCUGGCCAACUCUUCUUCUCACCUCCUGCUUUAGGGAGGUAUUGUAGAUUGAUCUCGCAUUUCUUCAUAUGAGAGAUUCUCAUCCAAAAUCCAUCACCCAAUUCCUACUUCGUAAGAACCAUUGGACAAAGUGUUCUCUUUUUCAAUAGGUCACUCGUAUUAAAAGGAUAUUAGGAUC